AUGCUUCUGCCGACCCUUGGACUCGCCGCUGCCCUUGCGGGCUCUGCCUCCGCCUUUGGCUGCCCGGCCAUGACGGGUGAGCUUGGUGCUCGCGAUGUGCCCGCUGGUCACCCCAACCUCCACGGCCGCGCCGAGGCCCAAGGCACCGACGACUUCAUGUCUCAAUUCGAGAUCAACGACACUGAUGUCUACCUGACCAGUGACGUUGGCGGUCCUUUUUCGGACCAGAACAGCUUGAGCGCCGGCGAGCGCGGUCCCACCCUCCUUGAGGACUUCAUCUUCCGCCAGAAAAUCCAGCACUUCGACCAUGAGCGUGUUCCCGAACGCGCUGUCCACGCUCGCGGCGCCGGUGCCCACGGUGUUUUCACUUCUUACGCCGACUGGUCCAACAUCACUGGCGCUUCUUUCCUCGCCGAGGCGGGCAAGGAGACUCCUGUCUUUCUUCGCUUCUCCACCGUUGCCGGCAGCAGAGGCUCUGCCGACACCGCCCGUGAUGUUCACGGCUUCGCAGUCAGGCUUUACACCGAUGAAGGCAAUUUUGACAUUGUUGGCAACAACGUCCCUGUCUUCUUCAUCCAGGAUGCCAUUCUCUUCCCGGAUUUGAUUCAUGCCGUCAAGCCUUCGCCCGACAGUGAGAUCCCGCAAGCAGCAACUGCUCAUGACAGCGCUUGGGACUUCUUCAGCCAGCAGCCCAGCACCCUCCACACCCUUUUCUGGGCCAUGGCCCAGCACGGUAUCGUCAGGUCCUUCCGCCUUACGGACGGUUUCGGUGUGCACACCUUCCGUUUCGUCACCGACGACGGCGCUUCCAAGCUCGUCAAGUUCCACUGGAAGUCCCUCCAGGGCAAGGCCAGUCUUACUUGGGAGGAGGCUCAGGUUAUUGCUGGAAAGAACGCCGAUUACCAUCGUCAGGAUCUUUUCGAAUCCAUUGCCAACGGGCGCUACCCCGAGUGGGAGCUUGGUGUGCAAAUCAUGGAAGAGGGCGACGAUCUCCGCUAUGGCUUCGAUCUUCUUGACCCCACUAAGAUCGUGCCUGAGGAAUACGUCCCUGUCACGCCUCUCGGCAAGAUGACGCUCAACCGCAACCCCAGGAACUACUUUGCCGAGACCGAGCAGGUCAUGUUCCAACCCGGCCACAUCGUUCGUGGUAUUGAUUUCACCGACGACCCGCUUCUGCAAGGCCGCAUCUUCUCGUACCUUGACACGCAGUUGAACCGCCACAACGGUCCCAACUUUGAGCAGCUUCCCAUUAACCAGCCGCGCGUCCCAUGGCACAACAACAACCGUGACGGCGCUGGCCAACACUACAUUCCGCUCAACACGGCUGCUUACUCGCCCAACACGCUCAACAAGGGCUCCCCCAAGCAGGCUACUCAAGAGGAGGGCCGCGGUUUCUUCACCGCCCCUAAGCGCAACCUGUCUGGCAAUUUUGUUCGCGCGGUCUCGUCCACGUUCAACGAUGUGUGGUCCCAGCCUCGCCUGUUCUACAACAGCUUGAAGAAGGUCGAGCAACAGUUCCUCAUCAACGCCAUCCGCUUCGAGACAUCGAAGCUCACCUCGGACGUGGUCAAGGAGAACGUUCUCAUCCAGCUGAACCGCGUCAGCCAUGACAUCGCUGUUCGCGUCGCUACUGCGCUCGGCAUGACGGCCCCCGAGGCCGACCCGACCUACUAUCACGACAACACUACCGCCAACGUUCGUCCCAACUCGGACCGCCUCAGCCGCCUCGACGGAUUGAAGGUCGGCAUCCUCGCCACGGUGAGCGGUGCCAGCGACUCGUCCGUGUCGGACCUGAAGAGCGCGCUGUUGGAGCAGAAUGUCGACACGGUCGUCGUCGCCGAGCACCUCGCCGAGGGAAUCGACCAGACCUACUCUGCCGCCGAUGCCACCGACUUCGAUGCCGUCCUCGUCGGCCCCGGCGCGGCCGGCGUCGUGUCUGGCAGCAACUCGACCUCGACUCUGUACCCCGCCGGUCGCCCUGGCCAGAUCCUGCUCGACGCCUUCCGCUACGGAAAGACGGUCGGCGCGCUCGGCAACUCGGGCUCUGCGCUCACUUCCCUGAACAUCCCGUCCGGCGAUGGUGUCCUCAGCGCUGCGAACGCGGAAGAUGUCAUUGAAGGCCUGACUGUGUUUAAGCACUACAGCAGGUUCCCUACGGAUAACUAA